AUGGCGUUGAUUUCUGAGGGACAUGAAUAUUCUUCUCCUUCAAAACGAAUCAAACUCGACCAAAAUCAACAUCAAUCAAAUUCAAAUGUGGAACUGGAUUUUGGAGCACUUCCUGCACCCCUGAAGAAUGUUCACGAAGUCAUCGAAGGGGAAUACACCGUUAAUGCAGAGGUGCUGAAUAAUGGAGACUCCGGCUUCAGUGAAAUGGUGCCUGAUGGAAGCACUAGCCAAGCAGAAUCAUCAGUGGUUGGUGUAUCCAUACACAGCAGUCAGAAGUCUGAUGAUGGAGGGACUGCAAAUAGUACAAGGGAUGAUGACAGAGAUGAAGUUUCAUCAACUGUUAGUUACCUUUCGGAUAUAAGUGGCUUGUCUGAACUGAGUGGACAAGAGUGGAAACCAAUGGCAGGACCUAUGAGUUGGGUUCAACGACAGAUGAUAAUAGGAGUAAAUCCUAGGAGCUUGCUCAAUCAACUAGUGACAGACGGAACACAAAUUCCUCAGCAAAUGGAUGACUUAACCCUGUGGAAAAUUAUUAUGAACAUGAUGAGUGAGCCACCUCGUCGGCAGAAACUCCGUCAUAUCAACACCCUGGUUGAUGUAGUGCGAUUGCUUAAAGGGGCAAAUAAAAUCAUUGUCCUUACUGGGGCAGGGGUUUCAGUGUCAUGUGGGAUUCCAGACUUUAGAAGUCGUAAUGGAAUCUACUCGAGACUGGCGAUUGACUUUCCUGAUCUUCCCGACCCACAAGCCAUGUUUGAUAUACAAUAUUUUAGCCAGGAUCCGAGGCCAUUUUUCAAGUUUGCCCGUGAAAUCUAUCCAGGUCAAUUUAAACCUUCACCUUGUCACAGGUUCAUAAAAAUGUUGGAGAAACAUAAAAAACUGCUGCGAAAUUACUCGCAAAAUAUUGAUACUCUGGAACAAGUUGCCGGAAUUCAAAAUGUCAUAGAAUGUCAUGGUUCAUUUGCUACAGCCUCUUGCACACGAUGCAAACAUAAAGUUACAGCCGAUGAAAUUCGGGAAGACAUCUUUGCCCAAGGGAUCCCCGUAUGUCCGUGCUGCCCACAGGUUGUGUUACCCCCAAUUCAUGAUACAGAAAAUAAAUAUGAAAGCUAUAAAGAUCUUGUCUCUCGAGGAAUAAUGAAGCCAGAUAUAGUAUUUUUUGGUGAAGGAUUACCAGAAGUAUUUCAUGAAUCUAUGGCAAAGGACAAGGAUGAAUGUGAUCUUCUGAUUGUGAUCGGAUCAUCAUUGAAGGUUCGACCAGUUGCACUCAUACCAAGUUCAAUACCACCAGAUGUUCCGCAGAUACUUAUCAACAGAGAACCACUACCACAUUUCAGCUUUGAUGUGGAAUUGCUGGGAGAUAGUGAUGUCAUCAUCAAUCAAAUUUGUCACAUGAUGGGCAAUAAAUGGACCGAGGUAUGCUGGCGACCUAAUCCGCUGAUUGAAGCGAGUCACCUGGUCCCUCACAUGGGGCGCCGACGUAACAGUUUGCAAGACUCGUCCUGGGAAGAUCGCAACAGUGAUCCAUGUGCAACAGACUGCAGUAGAGAUAGUGUCAGUGUUCAACCAUCCCACCAGUUGUCAGCAGAUUGUAGCAGCCAGGACAGUGUCGUGAGCGGCAGGCUUGACGACCAGUGCUCGUCUUCUGUCCGCAACUCCGCAGAAAGUCGUAGCCCAUUCCAAAGUGGCGAGCAGAUGUUAAACAUUGAAAGCAAUGAAGCAGAUUCCCUACAGAUGUCCAUUGACAGCGGCAUGGGGAUGUCUGCCGCAGACAGCAGCUGCAGCGCGUUCAAAGAGCGCCACAUGUCUGUCGAUUCCUCCACUCAUGACAGUGGGGUUGGAUUCUCUGCCGAUAGCCCGACAGAUGUUGGUAGUGGCCAUCUUCAUAUGUUGGUAGAUUCUACAAAGGACAGUGGGAAAACUGGAAUCACUUCCCUAUCUACUAGCAAUUUCAACAAUCCAACUAGCAGUAGCAGCGACAUGUUUGUUGAUUCGACUAAGGACUGUGAUCUAGGUGGAUCAUGUGUUGACAGUAGUACCACCACCACCACCAGGGAACCUGUUGUGUUGGUAGAAUCAUCAGGGUUGCCAGCUGAUCCAGUUAUGGGCUGCAGAUCCUCUAACAUGGUGGUGGAUUCAACAACGGACAGUAAGAACACGGGUGUGUCAUCAACGGAGAGCAACUGUAGUUUGGUUGUGCAUAGGCACAUGUCAGUGGAUUCAAUGCGAGACAGUGGGAUUGGCGAUGGUAGCAACAGUGUUGGCAGCAGCAGUGGUGUCAUCACCAAGGAACGUCACAUGUCCGUGGACUCUAGUGAUGACCAGCCUAAAUCUGAUGGCGAUUUGGAGGGCCUCAGAGCGUGCUGGCAGCCGAAGAUAAGAGAGAGCCUUGCUGCCAGACUUCCAGAAAACUCCUACUAUUUUCUCGCCCCAAACCGCUACAUCUUCCCUGGAGCCGAAGUGUACUACGAUCCUGAUGAUAAUGAACAAUCAUCGUAUAGCAGUAGUAGUAGCAGUAGCAGCAGUGAUGAGGGUGACUCUGCCAACAACUCGUCAGCAGAAGAAAGUGACAAUGAUGUGGAAGACGGUGAAUAUUGGGAUGACUUGGCUUCUGCAGUUCCUGACAGACCAGUCAAUGGCAAAUGCCCUUGAUGUUAACAUUGUACACAAUAGCAAACCCAAAUUAUUGUUAAUUAAUGACAGCAGAUCUGUAAAUGGUAUUGUUAUUCAUAUGGAGGAAGUUCCAAGUCAGUGAGAGUGUCUCCUUUAUAGAGAAUGUUUCGAUUUGUAGUACACGGCAAUCCGGAGAUUUUCCUCCGUAUUCUUGUACGUGAAUAUAGUGAUCUGGGAGAGCGCAUGUAGCUUUUUCUGUCAAAUUUUAUGUAAGUGCUUCUGAUGAAUGCUUUGGUUCUUAAUUUUAUAUCACGAAACUGCUACAUGUGAUGAUCUCUCUGCUUACCCGGUAGUAUCGAUAUGAUCUGCGCGACAGCUCUGAGAUACCUAAGCUUUCACACUACAUUUAUAUGAAAAAUUAUUGGAGUGUUGGAACAAAUUAUUCCCUCUCUCUCCUGUUACUGGAGAAUGAGUUGAAUUAACUG